AUGGCGCGUCUGGGGAUCACACUUUUGACACUAAUUUCAGCAAUUUCAGCAAAUUCUGACUCUAAAAGACACACGUGCGAAAUAGUUGAGGGUAAAGAAAGUUUUUAUAUCUUCAACUGGGAAACCGAGGAAAACUGGCCGUUUUAUUUGCCCGCAGCUGUUGAUGCUAUGGUGUGGAUUGGCUUGCGAUUGGCCGAAGGCUCAUUAGUAUGGGAAGGCUAUCCUAAGCGUUCCCUUGUGACGGGAUCAAUUCCUCCAAUGUUUGGUGAAUUUGAUCCCGAAGUACAAAGCUACAACCUCAGCUCGGAGUUGUGUGCCGCCCUGCAGAAAUCUACGGGUCUAAUUAAACUCAUCGACUGCAGCAGCAAAAUCAACUUCACAUGCGCCCAAAGUGUGCUCUCCAAAUCUUCUUGCACAAUUUCUGAAGAUUAUUAUUUGAGAGGUUGUCGUGAUUUUGUGUUUGUUUAA